UAUCUAUCCUUUCCGCUUCCUGUCUUCUCUUCGAUUUCUUCAGUUUCCACCAUUAAUCCAACCCACUUCCUUUCUAAUCAAUUUUCUUCAACCUAUUCAAUCCUUCAUCUCCUCUCUUUCAAUGGAUUGCUCACCUUACCUUCUUCACCGGCUGUGUGUUUAUAAAUCUUUCCCUUUCCCUUAUGUUUACCUAACGAUUAAACUUUCUGAGCCUCUUCUCUCUCACACGAAAAUUCCCAUGGAACCCAAAUCGAAACCUCCAGCCCCCACCGGUGAGAAGACCAAGAAGAAGAUCCUCUCCUCCUCCUCGACGGCUCAGCAAAAGGGCAAGUCUUCUGCUUCCGGCUCAAUCGACUUCAAAACUCAUGGAAAGACUUCUGUUUUGACUCCCACUCCGACAACACCAAAACGUCCUACGGCGCUCCAACCCACCAUAGCCGAUCAACUGAUGUUUUCCAGAGAUCUUACUCUCGGUCUACAUGAAGCAACCUGCCCUGUCUAAUGAGUUUCUUUCCCACUGUCACUUUCUCUUGAAAACUCAUCUUUCUCGCUGAUAAAGACAUGACGCCGGAGGCGGAGCGAUGGUGCGUCGUUACCAGUGGUGGAGGAUUCGCGGCGAGACAUCUGGUUGAAAUGCUUGUAUGCUACGAGAUGUUCCUCGUCUGAAUCGCUGAUUUGGCCCGGUCGAUUCAGCUCGAUCCUCAGGAACAGAGCGGAGUUCUCGGCGACGCAAUGAGAUCUGGUCGUGUUCAGUAUGUAUCCGCUGAUCUCCGCGAGAAAUCUCAAGUCGUCAAAGCUUUUCAGGGAGCGGAGGUGGUGUUUCACAUGGCAGCUCCUGAUUCUUCUAUCAAUAAUCACCACCUUCAGUACUCGGUUAAUGUUCAAGGAACCAAAAAUGUAAUUGAUGCUUGUGUCAUUGCUGGAGUAAAAAGGCUUAUCUAUACGAGCUCUCCUAGCGUCGUCUUUGAUGAUGUUCAUGGUAUUUUAAAUGGUUGUGAAUCAAAGGCUUACCCAUCCAAGCACAAUGAUUCAUAUUCAGCAACUAAAGCUGAAGGAGAAGCAUUGAUCAUGAAUGCCAAUGGCAGAAAUGGACUACUCACCCGCUGCAUACGUCCCAGCAGCAUUUUUGGUCCCGAUGAUAGAUUGUUGGUUCCCUCACUUGUUGCCGCUGCUAGGGCUGGAAAAUCCAAGAUUCACUGGAAGAACCAGUUUGAUUUACACGGGAUGGAGAGCAAACGUACUAUAAAAGCAAUAACUUUGAAAUAUUUUGGUUAUAGUGGAGGGGAGAGAGAACAAUCUUAAGUUUGUUUUACAAUGAAAAUGGGGGUAUGUAAGCAAGUAUAUUUUUUUUUAUUCUAAAAGUGUACAAUCUUACAUGGCUUUUGAUAUACCAACAAGUCAAUUCUUUUUUUUACAAGUCAAUACUUAAGUAAAACAUUUUAAUACCUUG